AUGGCGGUUAUCCAGUUCGUUCGUAUCUUAUGACUCCUUUACAAAAUCCACGAACUGAAGCAGAACAGCUAUAUAAUGAAUCACACAUACGAACACGUAAUAUUGUCGAGCGUCUUUUUGGAAUAUGGAAAAGAAGAUUCCCUAUAUUAGCACUUGGAUCUCGUUUUCAAAAAGUUGAAAAAGUAUUACCAGUUAUUGUUGCAACUGCUGUGUUGCAUAAUAUUGCUCGGCGUGCUGGAGAUCAAUUACCAACAGAUGAUCCUGAUUUUCAUUUGCCUGCUCCAUGGGAACAUAUCUUAGAAAACGGAAAUAUACCUUGCAGAAAUGAUGCACAAAAUAAUAAUGCUUUGCAGCAUGCAUUAAUCAACAAUUAUUUUCAAAGUUUGUUGUAGAUCACUCUUGGUGGUUGA